UCCCUCCAUCUGCUCUUAUCGUUCUUCUUCGUCCCCAAUGGUUCUGCAAAAUUAGGGUUUCUUAAUUUCAGUCGGACCUUGGCACAUCAAUUCUAGAUAUGGAUGCGCAGAGAGCUUUAUUGGAUGAGCUUAUGGGUGCAGCCCGUAAUCUCACCGAAGAAGAGAAAAGAGGGUUCAAGGAAGUCACUUGGAAUGAUAGGGAGGCUUGUACCAUGUAUAUGGUUCGCUUUUGCCCUCAUGAUCUUUUUGUCAACACAAAGAGUGAUCUCGGAGUGUGCCCAAAGAUCCAUGAUCCAAAAUUGAAAGAAAGCUUUGAGAAGUCCAUGAGACAUGAUCAAUAUGUGCCAAAGUUUGAAGCAGAGCUGGCUUAUUUCUGUGAGAAGUUGGUGUCGGACUUGGAUAAAAAGGUUAGACGUGGACGUGAACGUCUUGAUCAAGAAAUGGAACCUCCCCCAGCUCUCCCUAUCUCAGCAGAAAAAUCUGAGCAGUUAUCAGUGCUGGAGGAAAAGAUAAAGAACUUACUGGAACAAGUGGAAACUCUGGGUGAAGCUGGGAAGGUGGAUGAAGCUGAAGCACUCAUGAGAAAGGUUGAUGUCCUUAAUAUUGAAAAAUCUAUCUUGAUGAAACCCCUGAACGAUAAAUUAAUGCAAGCACAAGAGAAGAAAAUGGCUUUAUGUGAUAUAUGUGGUUCCUUUUUAAUUGCAAAUGAUGCUGCAGAGAGGACAGUGUCUCAUGUCAUUGGAAAACAGCACAUUGGGUAUGGCAUGGUUAGGGAUUUCCUUGCAGAAUACAAGGCUGAAAAGGAUAAGGCCAAGGAAGAGCAAAGGUCAAUUAGGGAAAAAGAGGCUGAAGAAAGGAGGAAACAAAAGGAUGAGAAUGAGAAAAGAGGUCGAGUUGAUUCUUCAUAUAAGGAGCGGGAGAGGUAUCGUGAUCAAGAUCGAGAGAGGGAUAGAAGCGGCAGGGAGAGAAGGGACCGCGAAAUGUCUCAUGAGAGGAAUGGUAGAGGAAGCAGCCGAGGACAGGACUGGAAACAUAACAACAACUACAGAGACGGAGGAAGGGAUAGGCGUCGUGAUCGUGAUCGACAUAGGAGCAGGUCACAUUCCCCUGUUAGUCGUGGUAAUAGGAAUUCAUCGAAGAGUCCAGUUCGUCAGUUAUAAGGCAAUUCCAUAAAAUUAAUAUCUGGAUUUUGGUCUGAGGAAGAAGAAGAAAAUGAAGAGGUAGAUGCUUUUGUUUUUUUACUCUUUAUGUAUGAGUUGGUUGGGAACUUAAAAAAAUCACUGUGGGUAAAAUUUUCUUUUUGUUCCAACAGCCUUUAUGAUACUUAAUGAAUCUCCUAAGGGUUGAGGUAGGCCCUCUCAUUUUGUCAAAUACUUUUUUUUUUGUUUUGUUUUGGUAAUUUGUUAUUUCAGAGUCUUUGUUGAUCCUGUUCCUUUUUCGAGGAUAAAUAUGUAUAACUGCUGACAAAGGGAUCAUCAUCCUGGUUAGAAGGUAAUUGAAAGUGUUGAUUUGGGUUUCAUAUUUUCUGUUGCUUACAAAUCUGAUGAGAAUAUAGGUGUAUGUUGGUUGGUUGUCUCAUGUGGGAAUGUUUUCUUCCUUUUGAAGAAAACCCUAGUUUGUUAGGUUCUAACUUUCUGCAUUGCAACAUCGCUCAGUUGCAGUAACCGAAUUGGCUAAUUGCAGUUGUCUGGAAAAAGGUAACUCUUAUUCUUCUUCUCAAAGGGAUUUCAUUUGACAUGAAUGUUAACUGAGGUAACUGAAAUCUAAGCAUGCAUUUGAACAAGGGAGAUUAUAUUUUGAAGAACUGCAGGGAUCUUAAACCCAACCAUUGCAGAAAUUGUUAAUAAGGGUAGAGGUACAUUUUCAUCUCAAACAAUUUGAUUGCGAUCCGAGUAAAUAGAAUUUAGACCGUCUCGAGCUCCUGUGGAUUCAGAUUCAGACCAAGUUAGAUUUUUGGUAGAUGUUCAUUGAUGUUUUAAAUAAAGAAUCAAUAUGUAAGUAACACAAGUAAUGAUUGCUCUUAAUAAUACUUGACUAGGAUACUUUCUCCUUUUCA